AUGCGGGAACGGGGUCCUUGCAUUUGUGGAGUAGGUGUGUGGAGUCUACUGCUGUCCCUCUGUCUGGCCUCCCUCACACAGGCACACAGGAGUCACACAGUGCAUGUGAAGGCAGGGACGUGUGAGGUGAUCGCUGCCCAUCGCUGCUGCAACAAGAACAAGAUCGAGGAGAGAUCUCAGACUGUCAAAUGCUCCUGCUUCCCUGGACAGGUUGCUGGCACCACCCGGGCCAUGCCCUCCUGUGUUGAUGCCUCCAUUGUAGCCCAAAAGUGGUGGUGUCAGAUGCAGCCGUGUAUGGAUGGCGAGGAGUGUAAGGUUCUCCCAGACCUCACAGGAUGGAGCUGCAGCACGGGCAACAAAGUCAAGACCACAAAGGUGACUCGAUAGUGCUGCCCGUCUCGAGAAGAACAGGAAUGCCGGUGGAGUUACUUACACAGCACAAUGGACCUAUCAGUGGUGAGGAAACACACUCAGACGGACUUCUAUAAGGAACCAGUAAUUAUUUUGUUUUUCUGAGGAUAUCAAAGAUGGGGAGGCUGAAGAGACAGGACUCUAAUACCGUCUUCCAUCACCUUAAACACAACUGAGUGUCCUUGGUCCUUUACCAUAGAGGACUGCAUCACCCACAAUCCUUUACUGCUACUACGAACUUAAAAAAAGUGAACUAUGACCUAAACAGCACUUGAUUAGAUGACAAAAAGUGACUUUCUUUACAACAAUCUGUAUUCUACAUCUCUCUUCUAUGGCUUAGUUGUGUUCCAUACUGGGAUUAAUGGUGUACUGGAUUUUAGACAGCUAUCCUGCUUUACAGACGUCACUACAAAAAGAAAAAGGGAAUGGAUCCAGAAUGGCUGUCUCAUGUAGUCGGGAAGACACAUUUAAAUUUAACUGUGCCACACAUGACACACUUGAUGCUGUCAAAAUGUUUCUCAGAUCUAAAACCGAACCCUUUCUUUUUCAGAUUUCAC